CGGCCGGCGCUCAGCUGGGCAGUGUUUACAGCCCCGAGCGCGCCGGCCUGGGGUGAGCCGAGCGGAGCCGAAAAGAGCCGAACCGAGCCGAGUGGAGCCGAACCGAACCGAACCGAAAAGAGCCGAACCGAACCGAACCGAACGGAGCCGAGCGGAACCGAACCGAACCGAAAAGACGCGAACCGAACCGAACGUAACGGAGCCGAUCGGAGCCGAACCGAACCGAACGGAGCCGAGCGGAGCCGAACCGCGGCCGCUCAGUGUCUAUAGGAGACUGCUGAAGAUGGGAGGCGCAGUGAGUGCGGGAGAAGAUAACGACGAAUUAAUUGAUAACCUGAAGGAAGCACAAUACAUCAGGACAGAACUGGUGGAACAGGCCUUCCGAGCCAUUGAUCGAGCAGAUUACUACCUGGAAGAGUUCAAAGACAAUGCCUACAAGGACUUGGCAUGGAAGCAUGGGAAUAUUCAUCUCUCAGCACCGUGCAUUUACUCUGAGGUGAUGGAAGCUUUGGAUCUGCAACCAGGGCUGUCAUUUCUGAAUCUUGGCAGUGGCACUGGUUAUCUGAGUUCUAUGGUUGGACUCAUCUUGGGUCCCUUUGGUGUUAACCACGGCGUGGAGCUUCACUCGGACGUGAUCGAAUACGCGAAGCAGAAAUUGGACUUCUUCAUUAAAACAAGCGACAGCUUCGACAAAUUUGAAUUUUGUGAGCCAUCCUUUGUUACUGGCAAUUGUUUAGAGAUUUCCCCGGACUGCACUCAGUAUGACCGUGUUUACUGUGGUGCUGGAGUACAGAAGGAACACGAGGACUACAUGAAGAACCUCUUGAAAGUUGGGGGAAUUCUUGUCAUGCCUCUGGAAGAGAAGUUGACUAAGAUAACUCGUACUGGUCCUUCUGCCUGGGAGACCAAGAAGAUUCUUGCUGUUUCUUUUGCUCCUUUGAUUCAGCCAAACCACGCAGAUUCAGGAAAAUCAAGGCUUGUUCACUUGCCCCCCGUGGCCGUUCGCAGCCUGCAGGACCUGGCUCGCAUCGCCAUCCGAGGAACCAUUAAGAAAAUAAUUCAUCAGGAAGCGAUGAGCAAAACUGGGAAUGGGCUGAAGAACCCCCCGAGAUUUAAACGGAGGCGUGUCCGUCGCCGGCGCAUGGAGACCAUUGUUUUCUUGGACAAAGAGGUCUUCGCCAGCCGGAUCUCCAGCCCGUCAGAUGAUAACAACAACAGCGAGGACAUGGAGGAGGAGAGGCAGGAAGAGGAAGAAACCAAACCCUCUGAACUAAAGCCAGACCCUCCUGUAAACUUUUUGAGAGAAAAGGUCUUGAGUCUGCCUUUGCCCGAUCCCUUGAAGUAUUACUUGCUUUAUUACAGGGAGAAGUAGUUUCCUUCUUCUAGAGAGUGGGAAUUAGGCAGAAAAUAAAGUACUUCUUAGGGCUUGACAAAUGUACACCACUUGCUUGCCUGCAAAUGUGACCACGCAAGGCAGUAGGCUGGGGAAUGUGGCUGCUGUAAACUUCAACAUUAUAGCUUUUUUGAGUUUCUUUGUCCUUCUCAGUUGUGUGCUAUAGUUUUAUCCUACAGCAGGGAUUCCUUAGGAAGCAAGUCGGUGAAAUGCUCAGCUGCUUGUGGAAAGGAGGAUUUAAUUCCCUUGAAACUAACUGCACAGAGAUACUCUUAAAAAUUUCAUGGCUUCUCUGCUGAAUGUCAGUUUUGAAAAACUCUUAAGCAGUUCCCCAAAGACCUUUCCUGUCUGUGCUCUCUCCCACUAAACCUGCCAUGGGUUUGCCAUGGUGUGUGUUUAAUGGACAGUUAAGAUUAUCAGUAAAACCUGACCUGGCCAAUCUAGUUUCUUCCAGUAAUCUGAAAAAGCACAACUUUUACAGAAAGGAAAGAAAUUUUUGGCAUUACCCUUGUGGCAUCCAGGUUUUGAAUGAGAAGGAAAGCAUCAGCUCCACUUUGGUUGCUCUGUUUUGCUUAUAAACUCUAUUUAAUUUUUCAGUAAAAAGUAAAAGUGUUUUACAGAAUACUGGUUUUCUUAAUGGGAACCACCUGUUCUAGUGAAUGAGUUGUUGGGGUUUUUUUGUGUUUUUUUUUAUUUUUUUAAAGCGAUGGAGGCAAAGUGAGGAAUUGCAAAGCUUGCUUGACUUUGACAGGUUGCAGGGGUUGUCAGAGCUGGGACUGUGGUCUCUGGAAACAUUUACAGAGUCAUUCUGAAUGGGGAAGAGGGUAGAGAGGAGCUGCAGAGCAGUGAGUUUGUGAAAACUGACUGUGAAAGCAGAAUCUGUGGGGUUUUGCUGUCGUGUGAGAUAAGUGUGGUCAUCUGGGCUGAACAGAGUGAAGUGCAGAGCGCCAGCCUGAGAGGUAAAUCAGCCCAAUACAGUUUUCUGGAGGGUGUCUAGAACGUGGAAACAGUCUAGAAAGCCAGACUGGUGCAGUUUUUAGGUGUUCUGUGUAUGCCCCUGCUGUGGCAAGGUGAGCUGACUGGAAUACAGCUCGUGCACACGAGUUGCACGUGCGGUGUGUGCAACCAGGUUGCUCAGCUUGGUGCGUUAUUUCAUUCCUGCAACGACGAAGACGUGUUUUAACAGGCUCACGUGGAAGGACUUGACACUCUGCAGUUCUGUGGGUGUGAGCCCUGAUUUUUGUUUGCAAGUCUUCCCGUUGUGGUGGUGGAAGGAGAUACCGUGGAAUUAUAGAAUCACAGAAUGGUUUGGGUUGGAAGGGACCUUGAAGACCAUCUCGUUCCAACCCCCUGUGGUGGUCAGGGGCACCUUCCACUAAACCAGGUUACUCAGAUCCCCAUCCAGCCUGGCCUUGAAUAGUUCCAGGGAUGGGGAGUCCACAGUGUCUGUGGACAAAAAAAUACCAUGUUUAGAAGAGUUUUACUUGGCUCAGCCUGUUUGAAAAAUCUGCCUAAACUGGUAAAGGCUGGAAAGAAACUUGAGUUUGUGUUGAUGUGAAAUACUCCUAAAGCUGGGGGGGAUGAAAGGCUCCCUCUCAGUAGGUGGUGCAGCUGUGUUAAGGCAUUGCCCCAUCUGAAGCACUAAAGUUGGUAUCACUUUGGUAUCUUUUUUUUUUUUUGUGUGUGUAUGUGCUGUCUCCUCAUUCUCUGAGGAGCAAUGAAAGAAAGACUGUCUUGCCAAAAAUACGCCGGGUUUUCGGUUAAUGGUCCCAAGUUGCACAACUUGCUUCAUGAUAAAUAGUGUUUCAAAGUUUUGUGUGGCUUUGAAAAUAAAUGGAUAACUCUUGUAUGCCUGA